CUACCAUCAGCGCGAAAUAUUCAUCAUUGUUUGUUAUUACUAUUAUUAUUAUCAAAUUCGAUCGGAAGCGCACAAACUCGCGACACUGAGACGAAGACCUGGACCUUAAGGAAAACGAGUACCAUUUUUAUAGCCGUACGACCGUAGAGACGAAUCGCACCCGACGACGACAUCGUUUACGAGUAGUUGACACGAUCGGUGAGACGGGCGACGGAUUAAUCGAACACAUCCACUCGCGUAGUCGGCCAUCAUGUCGCGGAAUCCGUGACUUCGACGCACGAAAAAACAUAUCCGAUAGCAGCAGCACCGUGACCGCUGUCUCCAGUCUUGUUUCCACAAAAUGCGCCCGAGCGGCGGCAUUUGCCGGAAACUCUUGCUGUCCGGUUACUGCUUAGCGCUGAGACUUCUGCUGCUGGUCGCAUCUGUACGAAGUAGUGUACGGUUUAUAACCGAACCAAGCGAUAUUAUAACAACUGCUGGUAAAACCAUACGAUUAGAUUGUGAAGCAAAUUUUGAUAGUGUUGCUACAUUGCCUCAAAUUAGAUGGAGGAUUCCUGAUGGACAAUACUUUGACUUUAUUGGAGAUACGAAAAGAUCUAUAUUGAAAAAUGGGUCUCUGCUUAUUAAAAAUGUUUUCAAUAAUGAUGAAAAAGAUAUUUCUGAAGGCUUAGAAGCAUAUCAAUGUGUAGCAUUUGUUGAUAAUAUUGGUUCUGCUGUUAGCCGUAUAGCAACUAUAACUCUUGCACGUCUAUCACCAUUUGAAAAGCAACCUACAGAUUUAAAACUUCUUCCUGGACAAACAGCAUACUUCUCCUGUGUUAUUAAUUCACAGCCUUUACCAAAAAUAACUUGGUUCAAAGACCAUUCGCCAUUAGUAAUUGAUAGAACUCGUAUGACAAUAUUCCCAUCAGGGGCAUUAGAAAUUGAUUAUGUUCAAAAAGAAGAUAAUGGUGCUUAUCGAUGUAACGUGACUGGAUUAGAUAGGCAUCGAUUAAGUGACCCUGGAGUAUUAACAAUUGUUGAAAAUGAAGAUGUAAUCAAAAGAUUGAAAGCUCCAGAAUUUGUUGCUAAACCUCAAUCAACAAUAGCUUUAGAAGGAUCAAUUGUAACUUUAGAUUGUGCAGCUGUUGGAAAUCCACGACCACAAAUUUCUUGGCUAAAAGGCGGUACUUUAAUUGAUAUGGCAUAUCUGGACUCUCGGUUUAGUAUAAUCGGUACUGGUGGCUUACAAAUAACACAAGUGAAUAAAAAUGAUGAUGGAAAUUAUGUUUGCCGAGCAGAAAAUCACGAAGAUUCUACUGAUGCUUCUGCUACAUUGGAAGUCCAUAUUAAACCACAAUUUAUUCGUAAACCUAAAGAUACAAUGGUUCUUGAAAAAGAAGAUAUAAUAUUGGAGUGUGAAGUAGCUGGUAAACCACCACCACGAGUUAUUUGGCUCAAAAAUGGUGACAGAAUUAAACAAGAUGAAUACCUACAGUUUGUUAGCGGGACCAAUUUAAAAAUAUCUGGAUUGAUGACUAUGGAUUCUGGGAUGUUCCAAUGUUUGGCAUCAAACCCUGCUGGGAAUAUUCAAUCAUCUGCAUUUUUAAAUGUUUUUCAUGCAGAAAAUUUACCUAGUUCAAACAGUUCUACAAAUAUUAGUACUGAUUUCGUCAACUCAUUCUCUGCAGCUGAAAAACCCAAAGACUUAAAAAACAACCUACCAUCUUCCCCAAGAGCAUUAGAAGCAAGUUUUGUGUCAUCUAGAUUAGCCACUUUAACUUGGAUUAAUCCACUAAAAACUAAUGGCGAGAUAUUAACUUAUACAAUAUUUUAUCAAGAAGAAGGAUCUGACAGAGAACGUAUGACAAACACAUCACAAACUGAUAUAACUAUAAGCGGAUUAUUACCCGAUAAGCAUUAUCUCUUUAGAGUAAUGGCAGUAAAUGAAUAUGGUAUAGGUGAUAGUUCACCACGUUUGAAAGUAAUGACCAAGGCAGAAAUUAAUUUACCUGGACAACCUUAUAAUGUAACUGCUAAAGCAGUUUCACCUACAUCAAUAUAUGUUUCUUGGUCUAGACCAGAACAUGGCAGUGAGAAUUUGAAAGAGUAUAAAUUAUUUUACAUGAAGGAUUCAACUUCUGAAGAACAAUUUUUUAUAACGAAACAUACCGAUCGUGAAAUAAGUGAUUUAAGUCCAUAUACUAAGUAUAAAAUUUGGGUAGUAGCUUAUAAUCAAAAUGGUCCCGGGAUGAAGUCUUUAGAAGUGGUUGUUUUAACAAAACCUUCAGCUCCAUCUCAACCACCACAAAAUAUUGUUGUUGAAGCAAUUUCUGCUACUGAGAUUAAUAUUAGGUGGGAACAUCCGCCAAAAUCUAGUCAAAAUGGAGUUAUAACAGGUUAUAAAAUUCGAUACAAAAAACCUGAUAGAAAAUCAUCUGGUGAUACCAUCACAACUGCUGGUGAUAAUUUAGAAUAUCAAAUUUCCAAUUUAGAUAAAAGUUCAACUUAUCAAGUCCGUUUAUGGACUCUAAAUACUGUUGGAUCUAGCCCACCUUCAGAGUGGUUUACAAUAUUAACAUUUGAUAAAAAUCUUAGAGAAGAUACUGUCCCUGAUGCACCUACUAAUUUCAAAGUUCGAGCUUUUUCUAAUUCACUAUUGAUAACCUGGUCUCCACCAAAAGAUAAAAGUAUAAUUGUCAGAGAAUAUACACUAGGAUGGGGUAAAGGUGUUCCUGAUGUGUAUAAGGAAAAAAUAAAUCCAAAAAUACGACAAUAUGAAAUUAAAAAUCUAGAACAAAAUGCUGAUUAUGUACUGAGUCUUGCUGCUGUUAAUGAUAUGGGUCUUGGGCCAAUAGUAUACCAAAUGGCAACCAUAAGAGAGCAAUCUAUUAUAAACACAUUAGAGGAAUCAUCAAACCCAGUAAUACCACCAAUUGGUUUAAAAACUAAUGUUAUUUCUCCAAAUGCCAUAGAAGUAUCGUGGACAGAUAAUUCUCUUCUAGAGUUUGAUUCGAAUGUUGAUGAUGUACAUCUUUACCUUGUACGAUACAAAUCGUCCUAUUCGCCUAACAAUUCACGUUACAAAUAUGUCAACACUACUGAACUUUCUUGUAUUAUUAAUGAUUUAAAGCCUAAUACUCAAUAUGAGUUUACAGUAAAAUCGAUCAAGGGACAAUUUGAAAGUGCUUGGAGUUUAUUGGUGAUGAAUAGUACUCAAGAAGCCAAACCAGCAUCACCACCAAGAGAUUUAACUGCUGUUAAAAAUGAUGAUAAACCUCAAUCUAUAACAUUAAAUUGGCAACCACCAAAGUUUUCAAAUGGACAAAUUAUUGCAUAUUUGAUUUUAUAUACAACUGAUGAUACCAGUUCAGAUAAUGAGUGGAUAACUGAAGCAGUUGAAGGGGAUCUUAUGUCUUACUCAGUUAAAGGACUGACACCAAAUACUAAUUAUUUUUUUAAAAUUCAAGCUAAAAAUUCUAUUGGUUAUGGUCCAUUUAGUCCUACUAUUAAUAUCAAAACAUUGCCAGGUGGUACUCCUUACAAUGAUGGAACAUCACUAAAAGAUGGAAAAAGUGGUAUUAACAACACAACCAUUUUAUAUAUACUGAUUGCAUGUUGUUUAUUACUUAUAUCUUGUAUUGGUAUUGGAAUUGCUUUAUUGUGUUGUAAACAAAAUAAGCCAUUAAGAAACAGAAGUAAAAAAGGGUAUAUUAAAGGAUCAACUGGUUAUAAUGCUAAGGGAGUAGCUCAGUCUCCAAGCAUUAAACCACCAGAUUUAUGGAUACACCACGAUCAAAUGGAAUUGAAAUCAAUGGAAAAAUCAUCACAAGGUUCAUUAGAUACUAGUUCUGGAUGCGGUCAAGGAAGUUCAAACACUUAUGAUGGACCUGAUACUCGUGUUACCAUACAUCAUGUACCGCAGACUACCAAUUCUUUAGAAAAAAAUAAUUAUGUUUCGUCUUAUGUUGGUAAUACAAUUAUUCAACCUUUAUUGUCGGAUGAAAAAGUUUCCACGUUAAAUAAACGCUUUAAACCUGUUGUUUUACCUGUUGAUUCAUUUGAUUCUAUUUAUAAUGAUACUAUGGCAACAUUACCUAGUCAGGAAUCUCGUUCACCUCAUCCUAAAUCUCAAUAUGCAACCACUACUAGAGCUCACGUAACUGUAGAUUUAACAGCCGGAGUUCCUGAAAAUAAUUAUAUUGUUCAAGCCACUACAGUUCCAGAUAAAUUUGAAUCCAUACCAGUAUCAUCAGCUGCAAACCUACAACAACAACAACACACAGGAUUAGUGAACUCUAGUGAAAAAAGACAACAAGGUCAUCCCUUGAAAAGUUUUAGUGUUCCUGCACCUCCACCACAGUCAGCACCAUCUACUCCUCAACAAAAACACAUAGUAACAGUUAGACCUCAAGGAUCAUCCAGCCCAUAUAAAAAAAAUAUUUACUCAGCUAUUAACAAUUCACCAUCCAGUACAUCAAUGUCUAGUGGUCCUAAAACAUGGAAGUCACCAUUAACAGGAGUGAAUCAAAGAGAUACUAUCACAGAAGUUGAAUCGCUUAGUAAAAUACAAACUUCUUAUAGCACAGAAGAACUCAAUCAAGAGAUGGCAAACUUAGAAGGUCUAAUGAAAGAUCUAAGCGCAAUUACUGCAUCUGAAUUUCAGUGUUAGGAACAGAUUUUUAUGUAAUUCUGUUAAUUAUAAAAUAAUUAACAUUUUAAAACACUCAGAUUAUUUAGAUAUAAUUUUAAAUAUUAAAUGCAGUAUAUCAUAAAGACUGAUAUCUGAUAUUCAGAGUGACUAUUUUAAACCGCCAGAUUACAUUUAUAGUUAUGUGUAUA